AACGCAGCAUCUUCCGCAGCAACAACGAUGGCUACUAGCUGUCGGAUGUGGAGACCAGGCCGAGGACGGUGCCUAAAACACUGCGGGAUAUUUGUCAUAUUGUUUAUGGACCUGGUCUUACAGAGCGUGAACGGGUACUUGAGUUCUCCUCAGGUUAGCCACCAAGAGCCUGCGUUCACCAGAGAGGCCCAGCGUGGACCCAUCAUCACCAGUCCUGUGGUCCCUGCUGCAGCUUCUGUGUCCCCAACAGAUGAAGACACUUCUAAAUGCCCUAGUCGGGGUUUGUGCAGUCGCCUGCCAGCAGAUUGCAUUCAGUGCAACUACCAACACAACUGCACCUACGGCAAACCAGCUGCCUUCACCUGUAAACCCAAAAAGGAUGUUCACUGUAUAGGAGAGUCAGGACAGCAGCAAACCAACUUUACUCUCUCCAUCAUCUGUCAGUUCUGCUGGCAGCUGGACCCAUCUCUGUACCGCUGCUCAAACCUCACCAACUGUAUGACAGUCUCCUGCCCACGCAAGCGCUACAACGCCACCUGUGAAGUCUUAGACCAUGUGCAUUGUUUAGGCAAACGGAGUUUUCAGAAACGGUUAUUCUGUAACUGGACUGGUGGAUACAAAUGGUUGACAGCGCUGGCGCUCAGCAUCACUCUUGGUGGUUUUGGUGCAGACCGGUUUUAUCUGGGUCAGUGGAGAGAGGGUCUGGGCAAACUGUUCAGCUUUGGCGGCCUGGGCAUCUGGACUUUGAUAGAUGUUCUUCUAAUAGGGGUCGGCUAUGUGGGUCCUGCUGACGGCUCGCUGUACAUCUGAAGCAAAGCUCUGGACACGCUGUUGGUUUAUGACCUCCUCUUCUCACACUACUUCACUCUGCAAAGACUGAAGAUCUCAGAUGCCGUGUUCUUAUCACGUUUGCCUGCCCUCGCUCUGCUCAACACGUCCUCAUCCCAUCUGCUACCAAGCAGGAAGUGUUUUCCUCUUCACGCCAGUGCAAACUCUGCCCACAGAACCUUUCGAUCCAUCCCAGUCACUCUGCGCCCAUCUCCUGUUGAGACUGUGCAGAUGGAGCUGUGCAGGAGGAUGAGGAGCCAGUGACGGCGUGCAUCCAGUUGGUUUUGCGUAACUAGUGGUUAGGCUCCAUCUUGCCGAUUGACAGCUUUGGUUUCCUGUGGAGCGGUUCUUUCACAGACGUCCUGUCACCUUAGAGUACUUAUUGCUCCUCCUUUAUUACAAGGUAGAUGCAUCAGCAAGGGUCAGAUGGUUACCAUGGCUACAGAGCUUUUUAUGGCCAUGCCACACAGACAGAAGACAAGUUGAAGGGUAACGUUUAUGUUUUAAAAGCAUGAAAAUGCUGCAGGGAUUGCACUGAAUUGUGUUUUUAUUGAUGACGGUCGCUUUUGACAAAAAAAAACCUUCAAUUGUCACCACCUGAAGUCAGCAGUGGAGGUCACAUCUACAAGAAAACUGUCCUGUGGGUUUAAAAACAAACUUUAUGUCCUUUUGAAACUCAUUUCAGUUUCUUAGACUUGGUUUGUUUUGUUGUACUGAGAGUUUGUUCUCUUGCUGCAGCCACAUAGUCACAUUUGUGAAAAUGAACAGCUAAUCCAAAAACCUUUGUGUAUGAUAGAUUUCGAAACCUUUGAAAAGAGCUGUGUUAGCAAACUCCAGUGACUCUGUGGUUUUCUCGUGUUGGAGAUAUUGCAGAUAUGUUCUCUGCUUUCUACUGCUAAUCUUUUUUACACUUAAUUUGCAUUGUGUGGACAAAAAAAAGUGACCCUUAAUGUUAUUUUAGGUUUGAGACCAACCACCUUCUGUUUCCAUGUUUUUGUUAAGUGUUGGUUGGUAUUUAUUUAUGGACACUGUAAAUAAAUUAUUUUUAAGUUAUAAAAAUAAAAUGCAACUGCACUUAACACUGCUUACCACAUGAAUGUAUUUGUAUCCUUUCGCGUUUUGUAGUAUUUAUUGUGGCAACAUUGUUUAUAACUGUGCAGGUGCUGAAAAGAUAUUGGUUCAUUUAAAAAAGAAAAACAAGAAUUCAAACCAAAAUCUCCAAGAACAGGACUUAAAAUGUGACUAGCGUGGACUUUUUUUGCUCACUAUCAGUAACAUGAUUGUGGAAAAUGCUGUUUCUUUCAGAUCCUGCAUUGAAACUAGAGCACAGGUUUUCAUACGUGGCCCAAAACUAUCCAGAUGAAAAGACUUGUGGGCCACAAAAAUGUGAUUAACUCUCAACAUGAACAAUAUUUUGGAGAAAGGACAAAUUUACUAUUUUGGUGGAGACUUCCAUUGUUGUAGAUAAGAAAACGUUAAAAGCUUCAUAAACGCUAAGCUUAUAUUUUGUAU